AUGGCGGGUUGGAUACCAUCUCUCUGCGUGUGUGCCGCCUUGUCGUGGAUGAUAUUUUGUAGCACCGUCAGUGCAGAAAGGACCUGUGGAUUUCCUGGUUUGCCGGCGCACGCGAGUGUAACCUUUUCGGACGAGAGCCUCAGAGUGGGCACCGUAGCCACGUACACGUGCGACCCGGGAUACGAGCUCUUGGGGCCGGCAAGAAGAACGUGCAGCGAGGACGGCACAUGGUUACCGCCAGGCGUUCCCUUCUGCGUUUUAAACGUGGCUGCUGGCAAGGCCCCGUUACAAUCCAGUACCAUAGGAGACGGCGUCCCCCAGAAGGCGGUGGAUGGCAGCACGAGCGCCUUCUUUACACCCGACACUUGCGCGCUGACCGAACCGGAACCUAACCCCUGGUGGUACGUGAACCUGCUCGAACCGUACUCAGUUCAGCUCGUCCGCAUCGACUGGGGAAACAACAUGCCAUCCGCCACCGUCGUCGUACGCGUCGGCAACAAGCGUCCAAAUCACGGCGACAAUCCCGUCUGCAACCGCUUCAACGGACCCCUCGAAGAAGGACGACCUUUGUUCUUGCCAUGCGCGACGCCAAUGCCUGGGGCCUUCGUCAGCGUUCACCUAGAAGGGCCCGGACCUCUGUCUCUGUGCGAAGUGUUUGUCUACACGGACCAGGCGCUUCCCGUGGAACGUUGCCCGUCCUUCAGAGACCAGCCGCUCGGCUCAACGGCGACUUACAACGGGAAAUGUUACAUCUUUUACAACAACCAACCAACUCACUUCGAUGCGGCAAGAAGGUUCUGUGAUUCGCGGAGUGGGAACUUGGUCGACGAGACGAGUCCAGCUCUACAAGGAUUUUUGAGUUGGGAGUUGUACAGGAGGCAUAGGCACGACACCAACGCUGGACAGUACUGGAUGGGGGCGACGAGAGAUCCUCUGGACCCGACGUCCUGGAGGUGGCUCAACGGUAGAGAAGUCACAAUUUCCUUCUGGAAUUCUCCGGGAGGACAGAACAACUGUUCCAGGUUUGACGGCAGGAGAGGAUGGUUGUGGUCGGACACCGAUUGUGAACUGAGUCUGAACUUCAUCUGCCAACACAGACCGACAACAUGCGGCAAGCCGGAACGACCGGCUAACUCAACAAUCCUGGCUCAGAACUUCGAGGUCGGCUCCGUGAUCGAGUACCGGUGUUCACCGGGUCACCUGCUCGUUGGGCCUAAUAUCAGAACGUGCCUGCCAAACGGCUUCUACAGCGAGUUUCCACCCAAGUGCAGAUAUCUCGAGUGUGGCCCGCCGGCGCCUAUUCCUAAUGGCUCUCUGGAUCUCGUCAAUGGGACGAGACAUUAUCUAAGCGUAGUCCAUUAUACCUGUCGAGACGGAUUUGUACUUGUCGGACGAAGUACGCUAGUGUGUGAUGUGGAUCAGCGCUGGAACGGUCCUCCACCCCGAUGCGAACCUGUGAUGUGCAGAGCACCGCCUCAGGUUGCCAACGCCAGGAUUCGUCUGUCAGCUGCAUCGACGGUGUUUGGAACUGCGGCGGAGUACGACUGCGAACCUGGAUUUAUUCUUCGAGGCUCGUCAGCGCUCACCUGCGGCGCCACGGGAUUUUGGGAAGGCGAGGUGCCCUACUGUGAACGGCCCACCACAACACCACCACCCACUACAACGACCACCACCACUACCACAACGACUACCACCACUACAGAGUCACCGGUUCCCAUCGUGCCCACGCGUUUCCACCCGUCCUUCACUCCCGAUAUGCCGACCUUCUUCACAACAGUUGCACCGCCAGCACCACAGCCGCCCUCUCCGUCAACGCAGAGGCCCCGGCCCAGGCCUCCUCCACUGAGCACUCCUAGGAGACCCUUCAGACCUCCCGUGGAUUUAGACCAUGCCGGAACGUCGGGUCACAACACUAUUCUUCUUCCGCCCACGGAGGAACGGAACGCGGACGAAGAAGGUGCUCCUGGAGCGAGAUUAAACAUGGGUGGUUUCAUCGCUCUCGGCGUUUUCGGAGGCUUCGUCGUUUUAGCAGCCGUUAUCACUAUCAUCGUGAUAGUCAUACGACGUGUGAAAAACGGCAGCGACAACAACAGCAGAUCGUCAACCAGUCCCGUGGGGUCCUACGCGGAACACGGCUUGCAGAAGCACUACAAGCAGGCCUGGGACAAUCUACGGUACGACAUUGGGAAACAGCCGGUGUCGAGGUUAGAAACCCUCGACAACCCGAACGUCAUGAGGAACCUAGAAGGAUAUCGCGAGGCGCACGAGAUUACUGUUAAUGAAGUUGCUGCGCUGUACGGAAAACAGAGGAGAUAAGGACGACCGAUAAGCGUGUUUUUUCCUAAGGCGACGUAUCGCAAGCCGGCGAGUGGAGGACUGUGCUAAUUAAGCCAAACCUGUAGCUGACGUGUUAUCGAUCAAGACACCUGGAGACGAGACUGAAAAAGCGCUGCAAGUUGACCUAAUCAAACCUAGCAAGAUAACAUGAAGACCCGGUCGUUCGCCUUCUACAAAAUGAUAGCAUAUGUCAGCAGCGCCAGCCGACUACCUCCUGGCUUGUAUGAACCCGUCCUGGAAGUCAAUUUUUUUUACCAGCGUUGGUUUUUAUUCGAUUCACACCUCGCAGCCUAGAGGUUAUGCUGACCAUGACACUUCCCUGAAGAGCAUGAAGACAGUACGUCAGCAAAGCCCUUCCACGUUCUAAGACUCGCAAAAGCAAACCGCAACACAUCAUCUCUAUAACGGCAAAGUUCGUUGCAUAACGCGGAAGACAGCCUGUCUCCUCAUCAUCCUAACCUUUAGACCGAAGAGAACCUGUUCUGGCACCUUGGCGAUGCAUGAAAACUGCAGUAGACAACUUGCUCUACCAGGAUACAAGUCCGCGUCAACAGUCCAUUGACUUUCUAAAAAAGUAGCCCGCGGCUAGGGCAUGGCUCGGCGGCACCGUUGCUCGCUUGUAUUACUGGGUGUCAUUUCAGUGUCGACCAGUGCACGUCCGGAAAUUAACCAACGGUCCCCCCCUCAGGGAAGUGGAUGCGAUCAAGAUGAACGCUUCGUGCAUUUUUGUGUCUGCGUUCCUUUCAUUGCGAGUCGUAGAUUAGGUCGGUAACAAUAUUUCUAUUUAUUGCUGAACCGCGCUGAACGCUGAAGUGAUGAAUACGAGACUGCUCAAGAACCGUGACGGUGUGUGACGUAAUGUGACUGACGAAGAUAUCACGCGCCAACAGUCCUGCAUCUGUGUGUGUGUCUUUUGUGUGAUGUGUGUGCGUGCGUGUGUCAGAGAAACAACUUCCUCCACCGAUAAGAGCUUUAUCUCGACUGGUCCUCGUGUAAUAAUUGCAAGACCCGUUUAUUAUUGUUGUUGUUUGG